CGUUAAGAUCGUCAUAUGCGACGCAAAGCAUUGAUUUGGAUCGGCCCCUUUUGAAUGAAGAAGAAAGGGAGGGAUUUACUUGAAGCCUUCCGCAAAACCUUCCUCACUCUCCAGAACCGUACUCCCCGCCAGAUAAAGAUGGAUGCAUCAUCAGAGCGUUACUGUUACAACCCCAUAUUGCGUUGGAAUCCUCAGGUGGAAGAUUACUUCAUCAAAGCCUAUGGGUCUCUUCAUUUUGCUCAAAUCUCCAAAGCUUUAACGCAUCCAUCUUGCUAUUCUUGUAUUCGAGUGAACACUCUCAAGACGACAAGUGAUGCUGUCAUUGAGAAACUUCAGGAAAUCAUGAGAAAGUCGGGGUCUGAAAAUGAUGUUGAAGACAUAAGUAUCGAAGAAAUUAAAGCAAAUAAUAGUAUUGAUUUGGAUAUGGCUGAGAAGCAAUUGUGCUUACAAAAUUGGUCCAUCUCUAAGUGUCAGAUACCAGGUUUAGAAUAUGUCGUAUUUGUUAAGGGUUCUGGACCACAUGCAGUUGACUAUGGUUAUGCGCCUGAUAAACCUCCGAAGGAGGUACUUGUUAGUAGGAAAUGUGCUGAAGCAGUUCUUCGAGGUGCUCAGGUAUAUGUUCCUGGUGUAAUGGCCUGCAGUGCUCAUGUUGAGGAAGGGGAUGCAGUUGCAGUUUCGGUUGCUGUGGAGCAGCCUGCUCCUGAUGGUGGAUGGGGACUUGGUAUAACACGUGGGACUGUUCUGCAGGGACUGCAGACAGAUCCUUAUUACUUUGAACGAAAUGGAUUAUACAUUGGUCAAGGAACAACAAUGUUGUCAAGAGCUGGGAUCUUUCGUGCUUCUCAGGGAAUUGCUGUUGAUAUGAAUAAUCGAGUAUUUAAGUUGCCUUCCUUUCAUGAUGUGCUUGAGGGGGAAAUAUUUCUUCAAAACCUGCCAAGCAUUGUCGCUGCUCAUGCUCUUGAUCCUCAGAAAGGUGAGCGAAUACUAGACAUGUGUGCAGCUCCAGGAGGGAAGACAACUGCAAUUGCUGUCCUUAUGAAGGAUGAAGGGGAGGUCAUUGCUGCAGAUAGAUCUCAUAACAAGGUUAUGGAUAUUCAGAAAUUGGCUGCUGAGAUGGGUUUGACUUGUAUUACAACUUACAAACUAGAUGCUCUCAAAGCUGUUCGUAAAAGUAAUGGGUCAAGUGAUAUGACCACUUUGUGCUGUAACAAGGAUAACAAUGAUGUAGUUAUUCAAAGUUCUGACUUGAGGCCUCUUGAGAGUGGGGGUUCAUCUACUACCACUGUAGGAUUGAAUGCUGAUACAAAUUGCAAGGAGAAUGGUAGGCAGUACAAGUCUUGGGGUUUGUGCAUGAGGAGAUUCUCUUCUUUGCCUGUGAUUCAGGUCAAAAACCAAACCACUUAUUUGAUUAUUAAAAUGCCUAGAGUUACAUAUUUGUCUCUCAUUCUCAAUAUUUUAGUUAGCAAUGAAAAAGCGAAUGAGAGAACUUACGUUAGCAAAGCUGACAUCAGGAAGAACAUGCGAAGAAUGAGGAAUGGUCCUGGGAGAAAUCAAAGCCUGGGUGGUAGAGUUGAGAAUUCAAAAGGCUUCCUUCCUCAUAGCUUUGAUCGGGUUCUUCUAGAUGCUCCUUGUUCAGCUCUUGGUUUGAGACCUAGACUUUUUGCUGGAGAGGAAACAAUAGAGACAUUAAGAAAUCACGGGAAAUAUCAAAGGAGAAUGUUUGAUCAGGCCGUUCAGUUAGUACGCCCUGGUGGAGUCCUUGUGUACUCAACAUGUACAAUUAAUCCUGGUGAGAAUGAAGCAUUGGUCAGAUAUGCGUUGGAUACGUAUAAGUUCCUCUCUUUAGCACCACAGCAUCCAAGAAUUGGAGGACCUGGUGUUGUUGGUAGUUGCCAAUUCUCAGAUGGAUAUAUUGAAGAGUGGCUAAGACCUGGAGAGGAGGAGUUGGUUCAGAGGUUUGAUCCCUCAUCUCCACUUGAUACAAUAGGGUUCUUCGUAGCCAAGUUUGUUGUGGGCCCCAAAGAAACCUGACUUGCAAGUUUGCAACUUGGAGCUUAGGUGUGAAGACCAUUGAACGAAUUGUAGUGUUCUGUGGCUUUUCUUUUGUUGGUGUUGUAGUAUUUUUCUGUGCUGAGAGCAAUUUGCUGUCAAGAGAUGAAGACAAGCAUGGUCAGAGCACUCUGUUUACCAAAUUAGAUAUGUGGUUCAAAUUAUUGUAUCAGUUUUGUUUGCUGUGUAGAAAUGAUGGGAUGAACUUAUUUUUCAUGAAGAAAACUAUAAAAAUCCAGGGAAUUUGCUGUUUUGUCUCUA